AGUUGGUUCAUCCAGCGAUCACACAUAUCGACUGUCGCCUGGAUUGAAGGAUGAGAUGGGACGGGCGCGAGCUUGAAUCAUGGAGACGUGAAAAGGGGAUGGCACAUACGGAAAGGGAAGGGAUACCUGGACGGGACGAGCGGGACGGGGUGAGAACGAGGACAACGGGACGGCUACGCGGGUCAGGGUUCGUCCUAUAAUCAAUCGAUAACGAUGAUCGAGAAAAUCACUCUCGAUCGUCGAAUCCACACGAACCUCGACUCGCACCCGUUUGGCUCUUUCUAUCUCUUCUGGACUCUACACCUUUUCCUCUCUGGGCUCGACCUGACCGACAUACAUCGACUCGGCCUUUUCCUCAUUAUCGUCGACAUACCGGCUCGAAAUCGUCGCUCUUCUCCUCGACUCGGACGCCGGUCCUUCUUUCACCAUCAUCUUUUUAUGCGACUGCCUUAUUUUUCACUUUACGGAUCGACUUGGAUUUUUUCUUUCUCUUCUCUAUCGGUUCUCGCGCCACAUGCGACUCGGCGCAGGAUUCAGGACUGGACUGCGAACUCGGACAUCGUCAUCUACGUCGAUGUCUUGGUAUGUUUGCGAUCGCGGUCCCGGUCGUCGGAAAUCGCUUUGGCUACCCGGGAACAAAUAUCGAUUUUCACACACGUGUACCUUUCUUCCCUUUUAUCUUUCAACACUUCUCUCUGUCGCCCUCGUCAUCGGGAUCUCGCCUAGUAUCGCCAACAAGCCCUGCCACGACAAACCCGCGCAGCGCUGGCAGCGAAAUCACUGGACUAGGC